GGGAAACUUAACCCACGCUACAUAGGGCCAUUUGUGAUUCUUGAAAGAAUUGGGGCCGUAGCAUACCGAUUGCAGUUGACUCCAGAAUUGGAGAAGAUACAUAAUGUGUUCCACGUGUCUAUGCUAAAGAAAUAUGUGCCGGAUCCGUCUCACGUGUUAGAGAAACCACCCGUGGAAAUACGUGAGGACUUGAACUAUGCCGUUCGACCGGUAAGGAUACUUGAUAGGCAAGUAAAGAAGUUGAGGAGCAAGAGAGUUCCAAUGGUUAAAAUCCUUUGGAAAAGUGACCGAGUUGAGGAAGAAACUUGGGAAACGGAAGCCUUAAUGAAGGAUCAAUAUGCAUUUCUGUUUGAGUAAGCAUUUGUGAAUUUCGGGGACGAAAUUCCCGUUAAGGGGGGGUGAACUUGUGACACCGCGCCCGGAUGUACUUGAAUUUGAAAUUCGACAUGUAAUUGAAUUUUCCUAGCAAAUAAAAUUCAUGUAAUUGAUUGGCAUAUUUAUUUAAUGUGCGAUUAAUUAAAUUAUUUAUCGGGUCCAGUAUAUGUGACUGGGCUACCAAAUAUUUAGUUGGGUCAUCAUAGUAAAUUAUAGAAGCCCAAUAAAGUGCCAACAAAAGUUGAUAAAAAUAUUUGGACAACCCGAGUGCUAUUUUGGCCCAACCUGCCGAAAAUAGCAGGAAUAAUUGGGAGGGACUUUCUAUACCCAAUUGGGGUUUUUCCUACAAGCCUUGUAGACUCAAAAUAAUAAUUUUGAGGCAAGUGAACAUGGGAGGGGCGGACUUAUUUGAUGAUGAGAUUGCACAAGACAAAAUAUCACCCCAUAUGGCCUAUCAACACCUCAACUUGGAGGUUUGAUUGAGAUACAAUACCUCCCCCUUUCCCAUUGCAAUCAUUCGGCCAUAUCAAGAAGGAAGAACCUCUAGGAAGAGCUCUCAAAAAGUCCAAGGAUUGGAGGAAGCAAGAAGGAAGUAUUCCCAACACAAAAGGGCUAGGAUUUGAGGAGUUGAAACCGCCGGAAACCGCCAAGUAUAGGAGGCUGUUCGUAGCUGCAGACCACGAAAGCCGCCCACCUUUCACGAAAGCCGCCCGGCUUUCGUCUGCUGUCCAGAUUUUUCAUCUCCAAUCGGUUUAGAACGGGGAUUGAUCGAAGGGCUUAACGAAGGCAACUAUUGCAGCACAUCAUAAG